GCGGCCGAUACCAGAAAGGACAAGUUUUCAAUCAAGACACAAGAAGACUUUUUUCACAGUGGAACUUUUUGAUUUGAAAUAAUUCUCCUUAAAUUCACUCUUGAGGAUUAUUGCUGGAUUUCUAAAUAUUUUUGCGGGAUUGUAUUACUUUUGCUCUGCUGUUUUCGUUAAGCAGGCAGCAGGUUGGUGCUUCAUUCACCAUGAAGUUGACAGGGAUAUUUUUGCUUCUGAUGUGUUGGAGCUGCGAGGGCGCGCGAGUUGCAGAGAGUCGAGACGACAAUAGCGUGUAUGACUUGUUUGAGCUGGUCAAAGUCCCGAAGAAGAACCAUGGGGUGACCCUGGUGAAAGGAGACGACCCGUACAGCCCCGCUUACAAGAUCCUCAACCCGGACCUGAUCCCCCCGGUCCCCGAGAGCGCCUUUAGGGACCUGAUCGACUCCAUCCACGCCGAGAGGGGGUUCCUCCUCCUGCUCAACUUCAAGCAGUUCAAGCGGACCAGGGGCUCCCUCCUGACCGUGGAGAAGAAGGACGGAUCCGGACCCGUGUUCGAGAUCGUCUCCAAUGGAAAGGCGAACACCCUCGACAUAGUUUUCUCCACCGAGAACAAGCAGCAGGUGGUUUCCAUUGAAGAUGCGGACCUGGCUACGGGGCAGUGGAAGAAUAUCACGCUGUUCGUGCAGGAGGACCGCGCGCAGCUGUACGCCGGAUGCGAGGAGGUGAACACCGCGGAGCUGGACGCGCCCAUCCAGAGCAUCCUCACCCUGGAGACCCCGGCCAGCUCCCAGCUCCGGAUCGGCAAGGGAGCCGUGAAGGACAGGUUCAUGGGGGUCCUACAAAACGUCCGGUUUGUGUUUGGAGCGUCACUGGAAGCGAUCCUGCGCAACAAAGGAUGCCAAAGCUCUAUAAGGACCGACUCCCUGGUCCUGGAGAACCUCAAUGGAUCCUCAGCAAUCAGAACAGAGUACACCGGACACAAGACUAAAGACCUGCAGAUGGUCUGUGGCUUCUCCUGUGAGGAUCUGAUCGGCAUGUUUAAGGAGCUGAAGGGCCUCGGUGUGGUGGUGAAGGAGCUGUCCAAUGAGCUCCGCCAGCUGACGGAUGAGAACAAGCUGAUUAAGAACCGCAUUGGCAUUCACAGCGGAGUCUGCAUCCACAACGGCAUCGUGCACAAGAACAGAGACGAGUGGACCGUGGAUGACUGCACCGAGUGCACUUGUCAGAACUCUGCUACCGUGUGCCGCAAGAUCUCUUGCCCCCUGCUCUCCUGUGCUAAUGCUACUAUUCCUGAUGGAGAGUGCUGCCCUCGCUGUGGAACACCGAGCGACUAUGCAGAAGACGGAUGGUCGCCGUGGUCUGAAUGGACCCAUUGUUCCGUGUCAUGUGGGCGGGGUAUCCAGCAGCGUGGGCGCUCUUGCGACCGUAUCAAUAGCAACUGCGAGGGCACCUCUGUGCAGACCCGCGACUGCUACCUCCAGGAGUGUGACAAGCGAUUCAAGCAGGACGGCAAUUGGAGCCAUUGGUCACCCUGGUCCUCCUGCUCCGUCACCUGUGGUGCUGGUGUGAUCACCCGUAUCCGCCUUUGCAACUCCCCCACCCCUCAGCUUGGAGGCAAGAACUGUGAGGGAGAAGGACGGCAAACUGAGAAGUGUGAGAAAUCUCCGUGCCCAAUCAAUGGUAACUGGGGACCCUGGGCUCCAUGGGACACCUGCACUCUCACCUGUGGAGGCGGUGUCCAGAAUCGAAAACGCCUGUGCAAUAACCCUGAAUCCAAAUACGGUGGCAAAGAGUGUAUCGGUAAUCCCAAAGACACCCAGAUGUGCAACAAGAUAGCCUGUCCAGUUGAUGGGUGCCUGUCCAACCCCUGCUUUGCUGGAGCCAAGUGCACCAGUUUACCUGAUGGGUCCUGGAAGUGCGGAAAGUGCCCAGCUGGCUACGCUGGCAAUGGUAUCAAGUGCAAAGAUGUUGAUGAGUGCAAGGAGGUCCCAGACGCUUGCUUUGAGUUUAAUGGCGUGCACCGCUGUGAGAACACUGAGCCUGGCUACAACUGUCUGCCAUGUCCUUCUCGCUACUCAGGACCCCAACCGUUUGGCAGAGGUGUGGAGCAGGCUGCUGCCAAGAAACAGGUGUGCACAGCCCGUAAUCCCUGCCUCGAUGGAAGCCAUGACUGCAACAAAAACGCCCGUUGUAACUACCUUGGACACUUUGCCGAUCCCAUGUUCCGCUGUGAGUGCAAGCCCGGCUAUGCUGGCAACGGCCAUAUCUGCGGAGAGGACACGGAUCUGGAUGGAUGGCCCAACUCUGACCUGGUGUGUGUGGAGAACGCCACCUACCACUGCAAGAAGGACAACUGUCCUAACCUCCCUAACUCUGGGCAAGAAGAUCACGAUAAGGAUGGCAUGGGAGAUGCCUGUGACAACGAUGAUGACAAUGAUGGCAUUCCUGACGAUAGGGACAACUGCCCAUUCGUUUACAACCCCAGGCAGUACGACUAUGACCGCGAUGAUGUUGGUGACCGCUGCGACAACUGCCCUUACAAUAGUAACCCAGACCAAACGGACACAGACAACAAUGGAGAGGGAGACGCCUGUGCUGUGGACAUUGAUGGAGAUGGCAUAAUGAAUGAGAAAGACAACUGCCCCCAUGUGUACAAUGUCGACCAGAAGGACACAGAUCUGGACGGCGUGGGAGACAUGUGUGAUAACUGCCCUCUGGAACAUAAUCCAGAUCAGGUGGAUUCAGAUGAUGACCGAGUGGGAGACAAGUGUGACAGCAACCAGGACAUCGAUGAGGACGGACACCAGAACAACCUGGACAACUGCCCGUAUAUCCCCAACGCCAACCAGGCUGACCAUGACAAAGAUGGCAAGGGAGACGCCUGUGAUCAUGAUGACGAUAACGAUGGUGUCCCUGAUGACAAGGACAACUGCAGACUUGUCUUCAACACUGACCAACUGGACUCUGACGGUAAUGGUCGUGGAGAUGCUUGCAAAGACGACUUUGACCAAGACAACGUGCCUGACAUCUACGACGUGUGCCCAGAAAACUUUGACAUUAGUGAGACAGACUUCCGCAAGUUCCAGAUGGUUCCUCUCGACCCCAAAGGCACUUCCCAGAUUGAUCCUAACUGGGUCGUCCGCCAUCAAGGCAAAGAGCUGGUUCAGACUGUCAACUGCGACCCUGGAAUCGCUGUCGGUUAUCACGAGUUCAAUUCAGUGGACUUCAGCGGGACUUUCUUCAUCAACACUGAGAGGGAUGAUGAUUACGCCGGCUUUGUGUUUGGAUACCAGUCCAGUUCCAGGUUCUACGUGGUGAUGUGGAAGCAGAUUACACAGACAUAUUGGUCGAAUAAACCCACCAAGGCCCAGGGCUACUCUGGCUUGUCCAUUAAAAUGGUUAACUCCACCACUGGUCCAGGAGAGCACCUCAGGAACGCCCUCUGGCACACAGGAAAUACACCAGGACAGGUCCGCACUCUCUGGCAUGACCCCAAGAGCGUUGGAUGGAAAGACUUCACCGCCUACAGAUGGCAUCUGAUCCACAGACCGAGAACAGGACUUAUAAGAGUUGUGAUGUACGAGGGCAAGAAGAUCAUGGCAGAUUCUGGUAACAUCUAUGACAAGUCAUAUGCUGGCGGCAGGCUAGGUCUUUUUGUCUUCUCACAAGAGAUGGUAUACUUCUCAGACCUCAAGUAUGAAUGCAGAGAUACCUAAAUGCACUGCCCAGAAAGCUCUGAGGAAUGCACCUUUUUUGUAUAAAGUAUGAACUUAUGUAUUCUGAUGCAAAGUCCAGGGACCGAUUUAUCCCCGCAACUCUUUCUUCUGCGGCACGCACACUCUGACGACGCGAAGGGCAUGUGGUCAGCCUCAGGGUAACUUGAAGCUGGUUUUGAGCGAAGCACCGACCGGUUGACUGCCAGUUGAGGAUCAGAGAGCUCGGUCUCCUCCGCCCUUAGCAUCCAUGAGGGCAGGGAGAGCUG